UACAUGCAAAUGCGCGUCAGGCUGGAGAGGGGCAGUACCAACAAAUGUUCACCCAAUCCAUGUCAAAAUCGUGGAACAUGCACAGCCACACGAACGAGUUUUACAUGUAAAUGUGCUUCGGGCUGGAGUGGUUCAACAUGUACACAGAAUAAAUGUUCACCCAAUCCAUGUAAAAAUCGUGGAACAUGCACAGCCACAGGAACGCGCUUUACAUGCAAAUGCGCGUCAGGCUGGAGAGGCACAACAUGUACACUUAGGGCUCCAGGUGGCAGUACCAACAAAUGUGUACCCAAUCCAUGUAAAAAUCGUGGAACAUGCAC